CAUUUCUUGAGAAAAUUGGUGACCAAGCUUGGGAUUUCUUCUUCUUUUCUUGUUAAAUCAUAAGAUUUGGGGCUUAGAAUCUCUCUCUCAACCUAGAAAAUCCCGGAUCUACUGUUACCUUCUCCUUCCUUUUGCCGUCAGUUGCUGCUGUGGGUAGUGGGUUCGGUUUUUCUAGUAAGCAACAGCCAUUAAUCCAUCUUUUCUCACUUGAAUUGGCUUGGGUUAACUUUGAUUUCCCUUGGUUCCUUCCAAUUUCGAGUAGCCGUGAGUUUCCCUGCAGAUUGCCGCCAACCUUCCCCCAAACUGCAGUCCAGUUUUUGCUGGGAAAAUUGUGGUUCUUGAUCGUUCUGUCACCGUAGCACUUGGGUUAAGUCUUCGGUUUUAUGCGAGUGAGUGGGAGGUUUAUAAACGCUAACACAUGUCGACAUGUUUACUGAUAUAACCGGUUCAUCUUGCCAAUGGGCGAAUACAUUGGUAAUUACUGACGGCUGCCAGUGGGAGUUUGUAAACACUGGAAGUGAAGUUAAGGACGGGGAAAACGAGGGGAGUGACGAGUUAGAAGGCUAGCCAUCUUGUAAAGUGAGCAUAGAUUGUAAAAAUAGAUCAUGAUCUUGUAAACUAGAGUUUAAUUGGAGAUUUUAUAAAUUCAUUUAAUGGAUUGUUAGUUUACAAGAGAUUUGACCUUGAGAUCGAAGUGAAGUUAAGGACAGGGAAAACGAGGGGAGUGACGAGUUAGAAGGCUAGCCAUCUUGUAAAGUGAGCAUAGAUUGUAAAAAUAGAUCAUGAUCUUGUAAACUAGAGUUUAAUUGGAGAUUUUAUAAAUUCAUUUAAUGGAUUGUUAGUUUACAAGAGAUUUGACCUUGAGAUUGUGAGCUUAAGUCAUGUUGGACAUAGAAUUAUUUUGAGAUAAUUGAUUUGAGUUAUUGGGUUGUCAAAUGUGAAUGGAAUAAGUUCCGAGCCUUGUG